AUGAUCGGCGGCUUCGGCGGUUCCGGCGCACCGAUCGAAUUGAUCCACGCCCUGAUCGAUGCGGGCCCGAAGAACCUGACGAUCAUCAACAACAAUGCCGGCAACGGCCAUGUGGGGCUGGCUGCGCUCAUCGAGCAGGGCAUGGUCGCGAAGAUGAUCUGCUCGUUUCCGCGUUCGGCCGAUCCCAAGGUAUUCACGGAUCUCUAUCUCGCCGGACAGAUCGAACUGGAGAUCGUGCCGCAGGGGACGCUUGCCGAGCGCAUCCGCGCCGGCGGCGCGGGCAUCCCCGCCUUUUACACCCCGACGAGCUACGGCACGGAACUCGCCGAGGGCAAGCUGGUGGCCGAGUUCGAAGGCCGCCACUACGUGCAGGAACGCUGGCUGAAGGCCGAUUUCGCGCUGAUCAAGGCGGAACUGGGCGACCCGCUCGGCAAUCUCACCUACCGGAUGGCCGCGCGCAACUUCAAUCCGCUGAUGGCGAUGGCGGCCACGCGCACGGUCGCGCAGGUCACGCGCAUCGUCGCGGCUGGCGAGAUCGAUCCCGAACAGGUUGUCACGCCGGGCAUUUUCGUCGACGGCAUCGUGGAAGUGCCCGAUCCGGAACAGGACAUGGAAGACGGCGCCUAUGUCAAUCUGGGCAUCGGCUUUCCGGAGAUGAUCGCGAAGUUCCAGCCGGAAGGCCGCGACGUUGUCUACCACACCGAAAACGGCGUGCUCGGCUUCGGCGAGGCGCCGGCGGCGGGCGAGGAAGACUGGGACCUGAUCAACGCCGGCAAAAAGGCGAUCACGCUCAAGCCGGGUGCGGCGUUCUUCCACCACGCGGACAGCUUCGCCAUGGUGCGCGGCGGCCAUCUCGACCUUGCCGUGCUCGGCGCCUACCAGGUUGCCCAGAACGGCGAUCUCGCCAACUGGUCGACGGGCAAAGGCGGCGUGCCCGCCGUCGGCGGCGCAAUGGACCUGGUUCAUGGCGCGAAACGUGUCGCUGUCGUCACCGAUCACGUGACCCGGAAAGGCGAACCGAAGCUCUUGAAGCGAUGCGCCUUGCCGCUGACGGGGCUUGGAUGCGUGACCAGGGUCUACACCUCGCUCGCGGUGAUCGAUGUCGAGGACGGCCGCUUCGUUCUGCGGGAGAAGCUGCCGCAAUUGUCAUUCGAGGAUCUUCAGUCGGUGACCGGCGCUGACGAUGUCAUGCCCGACGCUUACAUCUGUGACUACAUCCGCACGCCGAUCGGCCGUUUCGGUGGUGUGCUCUCCCCGGUCCGCGCGGACGACCUUGGCGCGAUCCCGAUCAAGGCGUUGACGGAACGCAAUCGCGGCAUCGACUGGGAAGCCGUCGACGAGGUCUAUUACGGCUGCGCCAACCAGGCCGGCGAGGACAACCGCAAUGUCGCGCGCAUGAGUUCGCUGCUCGCGGGCCUGCCGGUCAGCGUUUCGGGCACGACGAUCAACCGCCUGUGCGGCUCGGGCAUGGACGCCGUCAUCAUGGCGGCGCGGGCCAUCAAGGCAGGCGAGAUCGAGAUUGCGAUCGCAGGCGGCGUGGAAAGCAUGAGCCGCGCACCCUUCGUUGUGCCCAAGGCCGACACGGCGUUUUCGCGCAAGGCCGAGAUCUACGACACGACCAUCGGCUGGCGCUUCGUCAACCCGGUGAUGAAGAAACAGUACGGCGUCGACUCGAUGCCGGAGACCGGCGAGAACGUCGCCGAGGACUUCAAGGUCACGCGCGAGGAUCAGGACGCCUUCUCGUUGCGUUCGCAGGCCAAGGCCGCAGCGGCGCAAAACAACGGCCGGCUGGCGAAAGAGAUCGCGCCGGUGACGAUCCCGCAGCGCAAGGGUGCCCCGGUGAUCGUCGACACGGACGAGCAUCCGCGCGAGACCUCGAUGGAGGCGCUUGCCAGGUUGCGCACGCCGUUCCGUGAGAAUGGCAGCGUGACCGCGGGCAAUGCGUCCGGCGUCAAUGACGGCGCGGCGGCGCUGGUCAUCGCCUCGGAGGCAGCGAUGAAGAAAUACGGGCUGACGCCGAUCGCGCGCAUCGUCGGCGGGGCGACGGCGGGCGUUCCGCCGCGGAUCAUGGGCAUCGGCCCGGCGCCUGCGACGAAGAAGCUGUGCGCCCGCAUCGGCUGGACGCCGCAGGAUUUAGACGUGAUCGAACUGAACGAGGCCUUUGCCAGCCAAGGCAUCGCGGUCCUGCGCGAUCUGGGCAUUGCCGAGGACGCGGAUCACGUCAAUCCGAAUGGCGGGGCGAUCGCGCUCGGUCAUCCGCUCGGCAUGUCGGGCGCGCGGAUCACCGGGACGGCGGCGCUCGAAAUGCAGAUGCGCGGCGGCAGGCGCGCACUGGCCACCAUGUGCAUCGGCGUCGGCCAGGGCAUAGCCAUUGCGCUCGCCGCCGUAUGA